ACAUAUUCAUUUAAACUGACGCUUUUAGGCUAAUUAUCGUUUUAUUUCGUUUUAUUUUGAGGACAGUUACGUAGCUAGCUAGUGUUAGCAUAGGUAAGAGGUUUAACCAGCUGGCAUGUCGGUGUUUGGUGGCGUUUUGAGACGUUAACGUGAAAGUUUUUGUUGAAGUUGAGUGAAAAUUAAUAACUCGAUAACUUUAGCGACUAGCAAAGAUUCACCUCUGCUGACAGCUUUGACGAUGACUUCCAGAGUGUUUGGUGAUCUGGAGGAUGAGGAGGAGGAGGAGGAGGAAGAAGAGAGGAUCAACCCGACCGAGGUGAAGAUGAGUCAGAUCGUGAUGCCGUGUCACAGCAACCAUCGGCAGGAGCUCAGCGUGGGACAGCUGCUCAAAUGGAUGGACUCCACCGCCUGCCUCUCUGCUGAGAGGCACGCUGGAAGUCCCUGCGUCACCGCUUCCAUUGACGACAUCUACUUUGAACACACAAUUAGUGUGGGUCAGGUGGUGAACAUCAGGGCGAAGGUCAACAGAGCCUUUAACACCAGUAUGGAGGUGGGCAUACAGGUGAGCUGCGAGGACCUGUUCACUGAUCGUCACUGGAGGGUUUGUCACGCCUACGCCACCUUUGUAACGCAGCGCACAAGCACAGGGCAAAAGGUGACUCUGAAGCCCAUCGUCCCUCACAGUCAGAAGGAGCAGGUGGAGUACAGCGUGGCGGCUGAGAGGAGGAGGGUCCGGAUGGUGCACGAUGACAUUAUCAAGGACUUGCUCUCCAGUGGCUCGAUCCAGCAGGCCGACAGCUCGGCGGUCUCCAAUAAAGUGGCAGCAGAGAAGACCAAGGUGGAGAGCGUUGAGCUGGUUCUACCUCCACAUGCAAACCAUCAGGUGAACACAUUUGGAGGACAGAUCAUGGCCUGGAUGGUGAAUGUAGCAACGAUUGCUGCCAGUCGUCUGUGUCAGGCUCAUCCAACUCUUCGGACCAUCGACAUGUUCACUUUUAGAGGACCUUCUCAGGUCGGAGACAGACUGUUGAUGAGGGCGAUAGUCAACAACGCCUUCAAAAACAGCAUGGAGGUGGGAGUGCGUGCAGAAGCCUACCAUGAGGAGGGACCUAACCGCCACAUAAACUCAGCCUUCAUGACCUUUGAGGUGCUCGACGACCACGGGAAGCCAUGCACGUUACCACGGAUACGACCUGAACCUCUGGAAGGUGAGAGGAGGUUCCAGGAGGCCAUAGCCAGGAAAAAGAUCAGACUGGACAGAAAAUACAUAAUUUCUCGUAAGCAGGCUGAGGUUCCUCUGUCUGUCCCCUGGAACCCAACAAACCAGGUGUAUUUGAGCUACAACAACGUGUCGGCUCUGAAGAUGCUGUCCGCUAGAAACAACUGGCGUCUCAGCUCUGAGAAAGACAUGGUUCGUCUUUACACCCUGGAGCACAAAUCCAUGCUGAGUUUCCGGGUGCAGGCGGAGGUGGACGUUCCCGCUGACAGAGCUUUUUGUCUGCUGUCCGAGCUGAGUGACAGACCGAGCUGGGACACACACUACAAGAAAUGUGAGCGGAUUCACCGGGUGGAUGACGACGACUUCCUCUAUCGUGUGGUGACUCCAUCAGUGCGUCCCGGAGCGGUGGGAUCCCCGACUUCAGCAAACAGCCCAGAAGGGAUUCUGCAGGAUUUCAUCUUGUUGGCUUCCAGAAGGAAACCGUGUGGCAGCGGAGAUCCGUACGUUAUCGCUCUGCGCUCAGUGACCCUCCCUACUCACCCUCCUACUGAGGGAUUCAACAGAGGAGAGGUUCUCUGUGCUGGAUUUACUAUUCUGGAAACCAAACAAAACAAGUCACUGAUCAGUUACUAUAACCAGGCGUCUCCAGAGGUACUUCCCUACAUCUCCACAGACAUCGCUGGGCUGUCCUCCUCUUUUUACCACACCUUCUGCUCCUGCAGCCAAUACCUGACCAGGAGAAGGCUGCAGUCCGACUCUGAGGUUCAAGACGACCGACACCAGGCCUCCGACGGUCCCACCAGUCUGUCAGAGGCCCUCCACAGCACCCAGCUAUAGACGCUCAGUGGUACUUCUCAGGCCAGUUUACAUCAGCGCUGUAUGGAAUCACAGGAGUGCCAUAAUAAAAGAUAAAUCUGUUAAAAAAUAUGGAAAUACAUGUGUAAAUAUAAAGAGGAAUAAAUAAAAAAAUAAGAAUAAAUAUGUUUAAAAAAUAAGGAAAUAAAUGUGUAAAUAUAAAGAGGAAUAAAUUUUUAAAAAAUUGAAAUAUCAAGGUAAAUUUUCCCUUUCCCCUGUUUUUUCCUUUUUUUUUUUUCAGGUAUUGACCACUCACCUGGACAGAAAGCCCCACCCAAAGCCAUUUGAUUGACAGCUCAGUCUGUCACAUAAAAGCAAUGACAAAAGGAAAAACAAAAGGAAAAAGCAACGGGAAAAAGGAAAAGCAAAGACAAAAUUUACCUUUAUAUUUCAAUAUUUUUUUUAUUUAUUCCUCUUUAUAUUUACACAUUUAUUUCCUUAUUUUUUAACAGAUUUUUUAAUUUUUAAAAAUGUAUUCCUCUUUAUAUUUACACAUUUAGGUCCUUAUUUUUUUUAACAGAUUUGUCUUUUAUUAUGUCACUCCUGUGAUUCCACAGCGCAGACAUUAAUCUACUGUUUAUACAGGAACAAAUUGCAGGUUCACAGUAGACAAAGGUGAACAAUUUUUUUUUAUAAAAAGGUCUUAACAUAGAGUCUAACUGUAAAAGAUCACAGUUAAGUGAGUAAAAUAGAACUAUGCCACAUAACGCUCACUCUGAUAGUCAACAGAAUCAAGUGUAAGAUGUAGACAUUAUGCAGAAUCAGUUAUUCUGUUUGUAAAUCUAAGGUGCAUGUUAAUGUUAAUGUCUUGGGUCAACACAAACACUAAGCUGACAGCAGUUAGCACGCGACUAAUAUGUUUUGUUGUUGUUGUUGUUGUUGUUGUUGUUGUCAGGGUCGAUACUGAUAUCAAUGAUUGGUACUCAAUAAAUAAUAAUGAUAAUCGAUGUUUGGAACACUAACAGUCAACAGUUUGGACACACUUUCUCAUUCAAUGAUUUUAAUUCAGGUAUUUUCUACAUUGUAGAUUAAUGCUGAAGACAUCAAAACUGUAAGAGAAUAUAUAUGGAAUUAUGUCGUAAACAAAAAAGUGUUAAUCUUCAGUAUUAGUCUACAAUGUAGAAAAUGAUGCUAAUGAAUAAAAACCAGUGAAUGAGAAGGUGUGUCCAGACUGUUGACUGGUAGUGUGCAUUAAACAUUAUGUAUUAACAGCAGUGAACAUUCAUAACUACAUUAAUUAAUUAAUACAAAUUACUGUGACUGAAUCUGCACAGUAUAAGUAUUAGCAAUGAUGUCUGAAGAUGCUCUACUCAGUUCACUGAGAAUGAUUGUUUAAGAUUAAUCGGUUUGUCUCCUGCUGUAACGUUUACUGUUUUUCUGUUUUAUUCUUUCUUCUUUGUUGUGUCACUUUUAUUUACCCCUAAAGGCUCAAAUUUUAAAGCAUUACUAGCGGUUGUUUUCCAGACACUAACCGAGCUGCUAGUUGCUUUUCUGAUUUUUGGUGAUGGCUGUGCUUCCUGUUAUUUUUUUUCCAGGUUGUGUUUCUGCUGAAGAGAAACAUCUGUCAGUUAGAGCACAUUGUAAAAUGAAUCUCACUUCAGAAAGAUGUUUUUGGUUCUCCAGAUAGCAGCAGUUAUACAGAAUGCAUCAAAACCAACACGUAAAAUACUGGGGCAUUAUGGGAAACUGGGCGUGCUUGUGUGAGAUAAUUAUGGUGUUUAUUACCACUUUUAAUUCCCUUCCAAGCACAACUACACUUAAUAACCCUCCUGUUGUCCUCAUUUAUGGGCACCAAAAAAUAUUGUUUCCUUGUCUGAAAAAAAUCCAAAAACUCUGCAAAAAAAUUCCCCAAAUUUCUGAAAAUUUGCAAAACUUUCAGGAAGAAAAUUCCAAUAAUUCCUUAAAAAUUUCCCUUAAAAGUAUUAUUUAAAAAAAAAAAUCCCCCAAAUUUGGCAAGAAAAUUUUCGUAUAUUAUUUUCAAAAAUGAGUAAAAAUCUUCCAAAAAAAUCCUAAAAAUAUCUAAAGUGAUUCCAUAUAUACCAGUAAAACUUCUAAUAUUUUCUUUAAGAACAUUCACAUAAAAAUCAACCAAAAUCCAGCAAAUUUCGCUGGAUUUUGGUUGAUUUUUUGUGAGUGUUCUUAAGAAACAUUUUAACAUUUCUUUUUUUUCACCAAAAAAUGUUCAAAGAUUUCCCAAAAAUGUUGAAAAUGUGGAUAUUAGAAAUUUCACUGUGAUUUUUUUCCCCACAUUUUCGAACUUUAAACCGGGUCAAUUUUGACCCUCAGGACGACAUGAGGGUUAAUGUAUAAUAACGCACACCCCUUUGUAAUGGCACUUUAUCUGAGUUAUUUUUAUGAAUAAAUAUGUAACGUAUAUAAAUACAGUCAUGGAAAAAAUGAUUAGACCACCCUUGUUUUCUUCAGUUUCUUCUUCAUUUUAAUGCCUGGUACCACUAAAGAAUACAAUGAACACGAAAUAAAAUGCAGCUGAUUCCAUCAUACUUUA